AUGUUGCUCUACCUCAGUCUGGCCAUGGAGUCCAACGAGGAUGGGGAGAAUUGGAGGGAGGAGGAGAAUGGAGAGAAGUGGAUGGAGGACCAGUGGGAGAAAUGGCUGACCCAUGACAUCAGCCUGGAGGAGUUUGAGGACGAGGACCUCUCUCAGGUCACAGAGAUCACUGAUGAGGCUGGAGCCAGCCUUAACUACGACGACCUUGACUCUCAAGACCAUGUGACGUGGCCAGCCAGUAGCGAGGCGGGGAAGGCAGACGGGCGGGGGUUCAGGGAAGUGCAGGCGGAGGUGCUCCACUUGGACCUGAUCGAUGCUGAGGAGGAGAUCCAGGAGGAAGAGGAGCACUGGGGCCUGAUCCAUGGUUCCCUCGACGACCACAGACUCAACCAGGAAGAGAGAGGGGCCGUCGUUCUAACUCCUGUCAGACAGAAACAGCCCAAUGUGAUAGAAUUCAAAUCUGCUGAACAUCCAGUCGCUAUGGAUACGUACAGGCCCAAGAGACCCACCACACUAGCGCUGUUUCCACAGGUGCAGCCUCAGCCUCCCAGGACUCAGGAUACAAUUAACAACAACUCAUUUGGAAAGAAGGACACGUGGAAGGAGAAUCUGUCAAACUCCAACUCCUCCUCCCCCCACAUAACAGGCGAUCUGACACCCACUAAUGAGCAGGUCAACGAUGAGUCUAAAGUCCAGCAGCACAACGAUGGCUCUGUGGCCAAACAACCCCAACACAGAGGUACAGUACCAGAGAAGGCAGUCAAGGCAUACAGCAAGGACUACUCCACGUUCAUCUCACAUGGACCUACAGAAUCACGGGGCAGGCAGCGUGGCGCAAAACAGCGGGAUAAGAAGGCCUCCACUGCUCCACACAACCAGACUACAGCAGCAAAGCCGAAAGCAGGCAGUAUGAGAGACAAAGCUGUGGAUGGGGAUAGGGAUGGGAGCAGGGGGCGAGGAGGACAGGGGCAAGGGCGGGGGUGCUGCCGCGAGGAGAAGCGCCAGCCAGAAGCCACGGAGGAGAUCUACCUGACACCGGUACACCAGAAGAACGCAGACACUGACCGUCCAGACUCUGACCGUCCCUUCCUGUCUCAGAGCAGCGAGGGCAAUCGCAUGUCGAUCAGCUCCGACGCGGAGGGACCCCCAGCGUACACAAACACUGCCCUCCCCAACCGAACAAACCCCUCCAUCAGCGAGGAGGACGAGGUCUACCUGCAACCCCCUGCACCUCCUCCGCGUUCCUCCUCCAUCUCCUCAUGCUUUAGGCCAUCUGACAGUGAGGGAGGGGAGCGGGAAAGGGAGUUGUGGGACAGGGGCUCUAAGUCUAGGUCUAAGGGUGAGUCGGGGGGGUCGGGGGCCCUGCGGACUGCACACGCUCAGAGCUCCGAGGCCGAUGGCCUCUCCUAUGACUCUGUUAAGUACACCCUAGUGGUGGACGAGCACGCCAAGUUAGAACUGGUGAGCUUGAAGCAGUGCUACCAGAGCUACAGUGAUGAAAGCGACACAGAGACGGUAUAUGAGUCAGCCAACGAGGAAGAGGACUAUGAGGUGGAUCACAGCGAGCUGAAGAGAGAAAGGAAGUCAUCACGUCUGUCGAGGGCUUCUUCGUCCUCUGAGGCAGGAGUUGGCGGGGGACCUCGAACACGCAAGUUCCGCAAUGUGUUCGUGAACAGACAUUUACACUCUUCUGGUGCGGAGUCCUUUGGCCUGUUCUCCUGUGUGUUAGAUGGAGUAGAGCAAGAGCAGAGCCACAGAGCUGUGUUCAGGUUUGUCCCUCGCCAUGGCGAUGAGCUGGAGCUAGAAGUGGACGACCCUCUGCUUAUGGAGGUUCAGGCUGAUGAUCUGUGGUGUAAGGCCUACAACAUGAGAACUGGGGCCUGCGGCAUCUUCCCUGCCUACUACGCUGCCAAGGUCACCCAGGAACCCAUCAAAGAUGACAAAGAGGACUGGGUAGACAGGUUCCGAGUGAAGUUCCUGGGUUCUGUUAACGUACCCUACCACAAAGGCAACGAUGUGCUUUGUGCUGCUAUGCAAAAGAUUGCUAACAACCGCCGGAUGACCAUGCAGCCUCCCUCUGCAUGUAUUCUGGAAAUCAACAUGAAGGGGGUGAAAAUCAUUGUGCAAGAUGAAUGUAGGACCUCGGAAAGAGGGGAUAAGUGCUUUCACUUUUUCCAGCUUAAGAACAUCUCCUUUUGCGGCUGUCACCCAAAACAUAACAAGUAUUUUGGAUUCAUCACCAAACAUCCUGAUCACCAGAGGUUUGCUUGCCAUGUGUUUAUGUCAGACGACUCCAUGAUGCCUCUGGCUCAGUCGGUUGGGAAAGCCUUCCAGCUGUACUACAAGGAAACGGUGGGCUACUCAUGCCCAACAGAGGACAUCUUCAUUGAGUAG